AUGAGGAGUGAUCAUAGGGAUGUGAUUGAUGAGAGUGAGAAGUUGGUGACAAGUGAGAAAGAGCAUAUUGGUGAGAAAUGGGAGAAGGUUGAGAGAUAUGUAGCACAUGCACCUUAUAAGCCUCUACUACCCUUCCCUCAAAGGCAAGUUAAAGCAAAGUUGGAAAAACAGUUUGGGAAAUUCAUAGAAAUAUUAAAAAAAUUGCAUAUUAACAUCCAAUUUGUUGAAGCCAUUUCCCAAAUGCCCUCCUAUACCAAAUUCUUAAAGGACAUUCUAUCAAACAAGAGACGAUUAGAGGAGUAUGAGACUGUAGCCAUAACUCAAGAGUGUAGUGACAUCAUACAAAAUAAGCUACCACCUAAGUUUAAAGAUCCUGAUCCUGGUUCGUUUUCAAUUCCUUGCACAAUUGGUGAUAUGUCAAUUAAUCGUGCUCUAUGUGAUCUUGGUGCUAGUGUCAGUCUUAUGCCAUUGUCUAUAUGUAACAAGUUGCAGAUGGUAGACUUGAAGCACACUACUAUCUCCCUCCAAUUGGCAGAUCGAUCGGUUAAACGUCUGGUAGGUAUAUUAGAGGAUGUACCUAUCCAGGUUGGUAAAUUCUACAUCCCGGUUGAUUUUGUUCUUCUUAAAAUUAAGGAUUCUAAAAUCCCCAUUAUAUUGGGAAGACCUUUCCUUGCUACCGCUGGUGUGGUAAUUGAUGUGAAGAAUGGAAAGCUUUUUCUCAAUAUAGGGGAUGAAAAGAUGAAUUUUGAUUUGUUUUCUGCUAUGAAGUUUCCACUAAUUGAUGAUACUUGUUGCAUGAUUGACACGAUUGACAUGGUGGUUAGAGAAGAUUUUACCAGAGAUAUCUCAAGUGAUCCUCGUGAGAAAUGUUUAGUAAAGAAUGGGGUACCAGAUGAUGAUGAUCAGGAAAUAACUUCCUAUGUUACAAUGCUUCAUGAAAACCCACCUACACCAAAACCACCUACAGCAAGGAACCUGAUGUAG